GUGACCAAGUGCAAAAUCUGCCCAGCGGGUGGUGCUGUGUGGUUGCGUUGCAACAAGGAUCCAUGAAGAAGAACUGAAGAACACAGGACACUUGGGAUUAAUGUAUCAACUCAUCUUUGCAGAAUGAGCCUCAGUGACCUUCUCUACCCAAACAAUCCACAAAGACGCCAGGAUGUGAUUGCUUUGCACCAGGAACUGCUUGACUGCAUGCAGUUGAAUUUUAAGGCUACCGAUGAACUAAUUGGAGCACUGAAUAAACAUCUGGGAGCCAAGAUUGCGCACGUUAAAAUGAAAGAGGGCGGCACCAUCAAAGAGAACUGUGACAUCAUCAUCCGAGCCAUGACUGAUAUUCAGCAAGAGGUAUGGAAGUUUGAUAAAGAAAUAAAGGAAAAGCUAGAGCCACUGAUGUACCGAAAGCUUUAUGAUAUCAAGGAGCCUGAGUUGGAAAAAAUUGCAAUAGCUCACAGGAUUGUAUCUGUUAUUCUUGGAGAGGCUACUGCAUCUGCAGGUAUAGUAGCUGUAAAAUUGGUGUGUUCGAAUAUUGUAACUGUUACUGUUAACAAACUAGUUGCUCUACUUGCUCAGAUUGGGUUAUCUGUUCUGGGAGGUAUUGCCAUUAGUGCUCUGGGGCUGGGUAUCGACAUAAUUCUUCAUGCUAUAUUGGGAGCAGUGGAAAGAGAUCACCUUGUAGCAUGCAUUGAGAGCUAUGAGCAGCAUCUGGCAGAAUUUAAGGAAGCCUCGCAGAUUUAUCAUUGUUCCAUUACAGAAGUCAGUGCAAUGGUGAAAGACAAAGCUAAAUUAGGAAUUUCUGGGGAUGUUCUUACACACUGGUGAAUACACGAAACGUAUUCUAAUAUGACUGAUAAGAACUUUCCUUUUUAAUACGGCUUGUUCGUUUUUGCAAUUAGCAAUAUAGAAAUAAAGAGUUUGGUGGUGAAUAACCCGUUAAAGACAAAAGACCCUUGUAGAUAAGCAGUAACUGAAAGGUGUAGAUUUCUGCAGGUAUGUGACAUGAGCGAAUGCUCUAACGGCACAAACUUAACCAUGUUUACUCAGAAGUUAAGUCCCAUUGAACUCAGUGGGGAUUCCUUCUGGAUAAGUGGGGUUGGGAUUGUAGCCUUUGAUUGCAAUCCUAAUGUCUCCUCCCUUUCAGUGGGGAUUUGUAGAAAAAGCAUACACAAAUCCACUGUACAACAAUUGCAUACUAGAAAUCAAGAUGUAAUUAUGCAGUUUAUCCUUUUCCAUGUGAAUCAAGCUUGGUAAUGUGGAAAAUAUUGAAAACAUGCUUUGCGUUAUUGAGUUUUGCAUAUUAUGAAAUACAAUUUGAAAUAGCACAAUAUAUAACUGAAUAUGUGUUUUCUCAAAUAAAUGCAUUUGCUUGUGUUUUUUUCUCUAUUCUAUCUGUGCAUGUUACAUCUCAAAUCAGCAUAGGGCCAAUAAGAAAAUAUUUUAUGAGUUGUAGGCGGGGUCAGUGUAGAUGGUACCCUGUGCCCCAACCUGUGGUCCUGUGUGGGUGGGUAGGUGGCGUGGGAUAGACUGUAUAAGAACAAGCUUGCCAAAUCAGUUCCAUUAUUAAAGCCAUGGCUUUGUAAUCUCUUGGUAUUUUUCCUGCCUUAUAACUUCCUUUCCUUUCUUUGUCUUACUUUCUUAUUAUUAACUGAGCUUUGGUGGGAACAUUUUGGUAAAAGCAAAUUUGACUAUAUUAGUAUGCACAUCUGCCUCGUACACUUCUGGACUGGUGAACCACCGUGAAACAAAACAUCCUAGGAGGAAUACAAUUAAAAUAGAUAUUAAGAAGUCCCAACCAAACCUGCCAUUCAGCUUAUUAUGAAGAAAAAGUCCGAUGGAGAAGGACUAGGCAAGGGCACUUCAUCUUGGUGUAGGACUAUCAGUUGCUGUAAAAUGGUGACAUCACAGAGGCUGUGAGGUGGGUAGUCUUGCAUGAUACAAAGAAUGUGACAAUGACAUCAUAGGCUCAAGCAGAGGAGCCAGAAAACAUGAAACACAUUACAUUAAAAUGAUGCAGACUAAAUAGAAAAUUCUUUUUCUAGGCUGUACAUGCCCAGCUCCCAUAGCUUAGAUUUUAUCAUCAUGCUUGUUAAAUUCAGUUUCAAGGUACAA